AUGUGUUUUAAUAGUGUACAACGCGUAUUUUUCAUCCUUUUUUGCGCUUCAAACAUUAUUAUUAAUGUGGUUGUUUGCGACUCUUUCUUGACUGUCACGGGUACUAAGCUUAGCUUGAAUAAUGAACGGGUGUAUUUAUCAGGUAUGAAUCAGGCCUGGGUACACUAUGGCGCGGAUUUCGGUAAUGGCGACUACGUUAAAUCUAGACCGACCCUUAUCCGGAACCUCGACAAUAUCCGUAAAGCGGGAGGCAACUCCAUGCGAAUUUGGCUUCACGUCGAUGGGUUGUCGACGCCAAUGUUUGACGCCAACGGCUACGUCACCGGUUUGGAUAAGUACAUCAUCGACGACCUAAAGGACUUUCUGCAUGAAGCACGCAUACGCAACAUUAUCAUCAAUAUCGUUCUGUGGAAUUUUGCACGUGCCCCAAGCUGGCGUCUGCACGGCCUGGUGUACAACUCGAGUAAGCUGGAGUCCUACAUACACAACGCUCUGCGGCCAAUGGUGCUGGCCUUGAAGGACGAGCCCGCCCUUGGGAUCUGGGAAAUCAUGAACGAGCCUGAAGGCUGCGUGGCAAUAGGACGACGUUCCAGCAACCCGUGUUUGGACACGACGACCCUACACGUGUACGACUUCGCCGACUGGACAUUGAGCAGCAUCCCCCUGGAACUGUUAUUGGUGUUCGCCGGACGGCAAAUCAGCGCCAUACACACGGCUGACAACAAAGCCUUAGUGACGAUUGGCGCGUGGACGUACAAGAGCGUGGCGACCAGUCUAGGUCGACGUAACUUCUACUCGGACCACUGUCUGGAAGGACUUACAAACGACUCGCAGGCUCACCUUGACCUCUACGAGAUCCACACCUACGACACGCUGCACGUGUACCUGCCACACGACCCGUUUGUGGUUGAAAGUUCUAUGUAUAACCUUGACAAGCCUGUUAUAAUUGGAGAAUUCAGUUCAAAGAGAGGCGGCGGCAUGACGUCACCAACACAGUUCCUGUGGGGUUACUACCAUGGUUACAGUGGCACGUGGUCUUGGUGUGCUUUGGACAACGAUUCUGCUUCGGACAAUAUCACAGUUCAGGAACGCGGAAUGCAUUCACUGGAUGGUCUAAACAACCAAUCGGCCGGUGGAAGGGUCAACUUCAUUGUCAACCAUGAUAUUUCUAUAUGGGAUUAUCUGGCUUGUGCGCUUUGGACAGUGUUUCAGUUUCUUUGGAAAUGUUUAGGUUGAGUUUUCAAGUGGACCCUAACUGCCAUGCAGUUAAACAUUAAAACUUUCCUUGGUGCCAAUAUAUACAGACCAAUUAGUCAUUAAUGUAAAACAUAGAAAAUAUUGGUUUGCUUAUUAUGUAUUAUGUACAGUUUAUCAGAGCACCUAAUCAUUCAAAGAUUGCAGUGCAUCGUGUUUUGUGCGUGUGUAGUAAAUAUCUUUAAAUUGUACAUACAUGCAAUCAACCCCGAUAUGUAUCCAAAGUAUUUCCAUAUCUGGUGAAUCUGCGGGUGAUUCUGCGAAGUAGACAGGCCUGGUGACUCUUUUGCUAGGGUCACCACCUGGUGAAUAAACGUUCCAAUGAA